GACACAGUCACCCUCAAAGUCUUGCCAUUUUAAACUUCUAGCUCCCCAUUCUAAAUCGUACCUAACAACAGUUCGAGCUUGCCUCAUCAUCGUGUCUGCCUCAUUCAAAAGCGUUCAGUUCCUCCAUUCUACAAUUUCCAUUUCCCAACCACUACAUCCCAAGUUUUUGACGCUUAUUUGAAGAUACCCGUGUUUUUUAUCUCUGCGUCUGAGUGGUUUCAACUGGCUUUUUAUUCAAGAUGUUUAGAAACAAUUAUGAUAACGAUUCUGUUACCUUCUCCCCACAAGGUCGAAUCUUUCAAGUCGAAUAUGCUUCAGAGGCUGUGAAGCAGGGCAGUGUUGUUGUGGGAAUAGUUAGCAAGACUCAUGCUGUUCUUGUGGCUUUAAAGAGAAACGCAGAAGAACUCUCCUCGUACCAAAAAAAAGUAAUCGCAAUCGAUGAGCACGUUGGACUUGCCCUCGCCGGUCUUGCCUCCGACGCCCGCGUCCUCUCCAACUUCAUGAAAAACCAAACUCUCGCCUCGCGUUUAACAUAUGACCGAGCCAUCCCCAUCGAACGACUUGUCGCUUCAAUCGGUGACCGCGCUCAAACUAAUACUCAACAUUACGGCAAGCGUCCUUACGGUGUUGGUCUUCUCGUAGCAGGUGUUGAUGAAACCGGACCUCAUUUAUUCGAGUUCCAACCAUCGGGCAUGACGCAGGAAAUGAAUGCUUGUGCGAUUGGUGCGAGGAGUCAAAUGGCCAGAACUUAUUUGGAGAGACAUUUGGAGGAGUUCCCAGACUGUGGAAAAGAAGAAUUGGUUAAGCACGGCUUAAGAGCGCUUAAGGAAUCUUUAGCUCAAGACAAGGAGUUGACGGUCGAGAAUACGAGUGUGGGUGUCGUGGGAGUCAAGGCGGAAGGGGCUAAGAGCAUUGAGGGUUUCAAGCUAUUUGAUGGCCAGGAUGUAAAGCAAUGGGUAGAUUUGGCAGCGGAUAGUGCAGAGGGUGCAGAAGGUACUGAAGCUGCGGAGGGCGGUGAUUCGAUGGAGGUAGAUGCAUAAAUGGAGGUCGAACAAUUUGGAUGGCACUAUGGAUCACGACUUUAGCUAAUAGAAAUGAGCUCUGAACACAAUAUUCUUUUUGUCUGAAAGUGAUUUGGAUUCUAACGUCAAUUGGCACAAUCA